UAGACGCGAAUGUUUCAUUUUAAAGGCUGACCUCAAAACCCGUUAUAUCCUCGCAACUGAGAAGCUAGUGCCUUUUUUACUAAUACAUCGGAAUGUGUUUCCCUGGAAAACGACAAAAAGACAACUUCACCGAGCCAAAACCCACACCUCUAGAUACAAAAGCCCGAGCGAAUCAACCAGAGCACUCAGUCUCUCCCCCCGUUCUCCCCCCACUUUCAUCUAUUUCUCAACCCGAUAUGCCUGCCCCUAGGAUCGCUAUCGUCACUUACUCCCUUUACGGGCACAUCACAAAGAUGGCUGAGGCCGUCAAGAGUGGUAUCAGCAAUGCUGGUGGUAAUGCCUCUAUCUAUCAGAUCCAGGAGACCCUCUCCGACGAUAUCUUGAAGCUCGUCAAGGCGCCUCCUAGACCCGAUUACCCUGUCCUCCUCCCUGAUGACCUUGUCAACUUUGACGCGUUCCUCUUUGGUAUCCCCACUCGUUACGGCAACUUCCCCGUUCAGUGGAAGGUACGUUAUCUUACAUCUGCAAGGUUGAACACGUUCCUUGACGUACUCACACAGGCAUUCUGGGACGCCACUGGCCCUCUCUGGAGCAAGGGCGCUCUUCAGGGCAAGAUGUGCGGUGUGUUUGUCUCCACUGGUACCCAAGGUGGUGGACAGGAGAUCACCAUUUCCAACACGUUGUCCACUUUCGUGCACCAUGGUCUCAUCUAUGUUCCCCUCGGCUACAAGCACUCCUUCCCUCAGUUGUCUAACCUGACCGAGAUCCACGGUGGUUCUUCUUGGGGUGCAGGAACCUUUGCAGGCACAGACGGUUCCCGCCAGCCUUCACCUCUCGAAAUGGAGAUUGCUGCUAUCCAAGGCAAGACCUUCUGGGAUACCGUGGCACAAUACCACGGCCACACCAAGUCCUCGUGAAUCUAGAUAUUGAUAUGUAUGGAUUCGGCUUGGAUUGUAUAUAUAUUGCGCACGCAUAAUAUGAAUUAAAUCUCGCGCUCGUGCAAAGUCCCAUUACAUGGAUGGAUAUUUUCUGAUCAUACGUGUUCGCAUCAAUACGCCAUCCAUCGAGUCUGUGGGUUUGUUCCCAUGGGUUUGGUGCGCCGUUACCCGAUUAGCAUGCACACAUGUGACGGCGGCCUAAAAUUAAUCACUAGCAACUUCCCGGACUGAAAUACUUGAACUCACACAGCGUGCAUGCGCGAAGAUCGUACUUGUGUGAAAAGCUGGGCCGACUGUAACCACUUGUGUACAUGCUUUGAAUCACAGCCCGGGAGGUCGUACGAGUCUCAUGCAGCUCCCUAGUAAGAUCCUAGCGAACUGCGCUACCGGAUAGCAUAUCUUGAAGGCGCCAAGCAGCACGCAUUAUCCCGUUAU